CUUGAACCUACAACAACCUAACUUGGUUUAUUGGAUAUUGAACAGUUGACAUAAAAGCCACUUGAAAGUUCGGCUAUUAGUGGUCUCGUGUUUUUUCUCACCAUCCAUUUUUCGCCUCUUUUCUUGUACAAGAGGGAGUUUUAACAAUUCAAAUGGCUAACUUACAAUUCUGUUAUAACAAGGGAUGUGCUCAGAAGUUCGAUCCAGAAGAGAAUUCGGAAGAUUCCUGUCAUUACCAUCCUGGAGAGCCAAUCUUUCAUGAUGCCAAAAAAAAGUGGUCCUGUUGUAAUAAGUACAGCACAGACUUUUCUGAGUUUCUAAGCAUAAAGGGAUGCGCUGUAGGGAAGCAUAACAGUGUCCCUCCAGAUAACACUGUCAAAGAAAAAAAAUCUGAUAUUCCAACUAAACCUAUUCCUACACCUACUCCUGUAAUAUCAAAACCCGUUGUAUCCCAAAGACCAUCAAGUACCGAGCCCACACGUGAUCUUCCAAUCGAAGUUGCAUCAAAUCUUAAGUCAGCUCUGGAAGAAUUAUCACUAGAUCCAUCCUUCAAACCACUACAGAAUUCUACAAUAGAAAAUAAUAAUAAAGGUAGUCCUUCAAUUGGUACAAAUUGCAAGAACACUGCAUGCAAACAGGUUUAUACAGGAACAGAUUCAGAUAGUGGACUCUGUCUAUACCAUCCCGGUGUGGCUGUAUUUCACGAAGGACUGAAGUAUUGGACUUGUUGUAAUCAGAAAACUAGUGAUUUCGAAGCAUUCCUUAAACAAAUCGGGUGUACUACAGGUCAUCAUAAUUGGACAGUGGAAAUAACUAUCACAUACUCAACAUGGUUGAACAUCAUUAGUCACUGUUUCUCAGUAGAACUCCUGAAAUUACAUCUUGAAGUUAUUUAUUAGUGAGUAUAAAACUCUAUACUAAAAAUAAUAAUUCGUUUAUGUUAAACUCACAUUCAACGUACUCAACAAUAAUAAUCUAUUCUCAACUCAUAGUAGUACAAAAAAUGACCAGUCUAUUAUGACUGCUAAAUGCUCAACUGGUUUGUGGUUGGCACUGGGAUCCCCUAAUCCUGCGACGCGUAGUGAGAACAUAAAGGCUGGUGAUAAAGAUUUAUUUGUCUAUCAAAAUGAUAUACCAAUAUAUCAUUUUUUGUAGUGUAAUUUACACACCGUCAAUUUUGUAUAAAUAGAAUUGAGUAGUAUUGAAGAUCAGUUAAUCAAUAACUUACUGUGCGAACACAUAUUUACCAAUAUUAUACAGUCGAUGAUCUACAAGGAACAGAUAUAAUGAAUUAAGAUGCAAAAUCUACAAAUGCAACAUUAACUCUUCAACCAAAUACAAAUUGUCGUUUUGAUUGGUAUCAAUUUGGUGGUUGUGUUACAUUAGAUAUUUAUGCUAAAAAUAUAUGGCCUGAAACUGUUUCUAUUAAAGUUAAUCAAAUAGUGUUACAUGUUUCAUUGAAAUUUGGUUUAGAUUAUCAAACAUUUGAAAGAGAUUUCAAUUUAUAUGGUUCUAUAGAUCCAAAACAAUCUGUUGUUAAAUUAAUGCCAUUAAAAGCUGAAAUAAUUUUGAAAAAAGCUGAACCAAUAUCAUGGCCUACACUUGAAUGUAAACUAUUAGAUAAUAAUAAUAAUAAAGCAAAUAAUUCAAAUAUGAAUAACAAUGAAGAAACAAUAGAGAACAAUUCAAAAUGAAAAAAAGGAUGUAUUUCUAUGCUUUAUUACGUAACCAAAGGAAAUAUGGUUAUUACAACGAUGAUGUAAUAAAACGAGAAUGUAAUCUAUGUAACUGAUAAAAGUAAUUCAUCAAUCUCUCAUAUAUGAUGUGAGUUUUUCAAUUGUUAAUACUGAAUAAUUAUGAAACAUUUUGUUUUUGUUUUUCUAACAAAAUAAAAAUGUUUGUUCGUUUG